GUUUGCUUGCAUGAUGCAUGCAGCCUAUCAGAGCAGUGCUGCUUCUCCCAUUCUCCCUGUAGGGACAUCUACAAGGCACAAGCUACCCUGCGAAGUAGAACGAUAGAUACACGCUGCUUUGACGAGUACACGGGUAUGCCAAUAAGCUCCCACACACUGUCUUCUUCCCAAACGCGGCGCAGUAACAGCCCACGGCCAGCGCUGCGCGGCUCAAGGCUGGGCCAUAUGCAGAAAGCAAGUUUGGCCCAGUGAGUUCCUGAUGGAGGGGCAGCCUCAGGGCUUUUGGUUAGGACGCCAUGUUUCCCUGUGUCUCCUCCUGGCCCUCUUCUGAUUCGCCGGCCUCUGCCGGCGGCGCCAGUGGCAACCAUGCCCCGUCUCCCCUGGCGUCCCCGACUCACGUGCCACUCGCGUCUGCCCAGCAGCAGCCCCCUCAGCCUCUGCCUGACCUACUGUGCAGCUGUUCAGUAGCGCCCCCUGCCCACCACCCACCACCGGUGCACAUGGAGUCCCUCAUCGUGGUGACCGAGUACGAGCCCAGCGGGCCGUCCGAGGACAGGAUGGGCGCCGAUGACGAGGACGAACCGGAGGACAUGGACAGCUCGGAGACGCCCGACCCCCCAGGGUCAGCGGCGGCUGCGGGGGCGUCUGUGCCGGCGUUCCGGAUGGCCUCGUGUGACCUCUUGUCGCACGCGGUGGGCCGGCCCGAGGCGCUCUUCCCCGAGCCGCAGGAAACGCGCGGGCGCCUGCACCUGUCUGACAGGAAGCUGUCGCUGCAGGAGCGCUCGCAGACGCUGUCCUCGCCAUGCGGCUCGCCUGGCAUCAAUGGGCGCUACAUCUACCCGUCGCUGCCCUACUCGCCCAUCACCUCGCCGCAUUCGUCCCCACGCCUGCCGCGUCGCCCCACCGUCGAGUCCCACCGGGUCUCCAUCACUGACCUGCAGGACUGUGUCCAGCUCAACCAGUACAAGCUGAAGGAUGAGAUCGGAAAGGGCUCCUAUGGAGUUGUCAAGCUGGCGUAUAAUGAAGACGACAACACCUACUACGUGAGUGCCAUCCUAUCCAAAAAGCGGCUGAUGAGACAGGCUGGUUUUCCCACGUAAGUGUGUCGUCCGCCUCCACGCGGUGCCAAAGGGGCCUCCUGAGGGCCCCACAGCCCAAAGGGCCCCUGGAGAGGGGUCUACCAGGAGAUCGCCAUCUUAAAAAAGCUGGACCACCCAAAUGUGGUCAAACUGGUGGAGGUUUUGGAUGACCCUGGUGAAGAUCAUCUGUACUUGGUGUUUGAACUGGUCAAACAAGGUGCUGUGAUGGAGGUGCCUACAGAUAAGCCCUUGACUGAGGACCAAGCGCGAUUCUACUUCCAGGACCUGCUGAGGGGGAUUGAGUAUUUGCAUUACCAAAAAAUCAUCCAUCGCGACGUCAAACCCUCCAACCUACUGGUGGGCGAAGGUGGGCACAUAAAGAUCGCAGACUUCGGCGUGAGUAAUCAGUUUGAGGGGACAGAUGCACUGCUGACCAGUACUGUGGGAACGCCAGCUUUCCUCGCUCCCGAGACGCUGUCCGAGACCCGCAAGAACUUCUCUGGAAAGGCUUUGGAUGUGUGGGCAAUGGGGGUCACCCUGUACUGCUUUGUCUUUGGAGUGUGUCCCUUCAUGGACGAGCGAAUUCUCAGCCUCCAUCAGAAGAUCAAAACCCAGCCUGUGGAAUUGCCCGAGCAUGCAGAUGUGUCGGAUGAUCUGAAGGAUCUUCUCUUUAAGAUGCUGGACAAGAAUCCUGAGACCAGGAUAACAGUGCCACAAAUAAAGGUGCACCCGUGGGUGACGCGGCAUGGUGCCGAGCCCCUCCCCCCAGAGGAUGACAACUGUUGCUCCCUUAUCGAGGUGACGGAGGAGGAAGUGGAGAACUCUGUCAAGCACAUCCCCAGCCUGGCCACCGUGAUCCUGGUGAGGACCAUGCUACGCAAGCGCUCGUUUGGCCACCCAUUCGAUUGGAGCCGCCGAGAGGAGAGAAGCCUGUCCACACCUGGGCCCAUGCUGACGUGA